UAUUUUGAAUUCUUUGGACCGUUUCUUUUUUCUUUUUUAAUUUUUACUCUCGCUCCAACACACAAAUUCUCACUCAAACCCCUCUACUCACAUCCCCUCUGUACAAUUUCUGCGAGUUUCGGCGUGCCUUUGUAGAUCCUUUUAUUUUUUCCUGUUAUUGUUAAAUGUAUAGAUAUAUAUGAAUUUUUGUUUGGAUCUGCAAAUGCGCGUCAAAGCGAUCGGUCGGACUUCGAGUUUUCCUGUUGUUGGAUCGAAAUUCGUCAAGCUCGUUUUGUUUAUUGUCUUGAGAGAGAGUUUCAACUUUUAUGCGAGGGAGAGCAUUGUGCUUCCUUAAUCAAGAAAAAUUUAUGUCUUUGAUUUCAUCCUGGAUUCGGACAGUGCCUACCUCGUUAUAGGGUAGCAUAUAAUGAUUUGGGGAAGACAUCCUGGAGAAAAUUGCCAACGUGUUGGAAUUGGCGUAUGCAGAUCUUUGUCAAGUAAAUAUGGAAAGUGAUAGGACAAGUAACAAUACGCUAUCUGAUGGAGGCAGAAAUUUUCUACAUAGAGCUCGACCUUUACAUGGGAGGACUACUGGCCCAACACGGCGUUCCACAAAGGGACAGUGGACAGCAGAAGAGGAUGAGAUAUUACGAAUUGCUGUUCAACGCUUCAAAGGAAAAAACUGGAAAAAGAUAGCGGAAUGUUUCAAGGAUAGAACAGAUGUACAGUGCUUACAUAGGUGGCAGAAGGUUCUUAAUCCAGAACUUGUCAAAGGUCCAUGGUCGAAAGAGGAGGAUGAAAUAAUAAUUGAGUUGGUCAGUAAAUAUGGGCCCAAAAAGUGGUCUACCAUUGCACAGCAUCUUCCUGGACGUAUUGGGAAGCAGUGUCGAGAAAGGUGGCACAAUCAUCUUAAUCCCAACAUAAAUAAAGAAGCUUGGACACAAGAGGAGGAGUUGGCUUUAAUUCGCGCCCAUCAAAUUUAUGGAAACAAGUGGGCAGAGUUAACCAAAUUCUUGCCUGGGAGAACUGACAAUGCAAUAAAGAAUCAUUGGAAUAGUUCUGUCAAGAAGAAAUUGGACAUGUAUUUGGCUUCAGGAUUGCUUUCACAGUUCCAAGGUCCACCUCUUGUUAGCCGUCCAAAUCACUCAGCAGCUUCCUCUUCUUCAAGGGCACAACAAAGUGGCGAAGAUGAUAGUGUUUUUAAAGGGGGAGUAGAAGUGGAGGAAGCUUCUGAAUGCAGUCAAGGUUCAACAAUUGCCAACUUCUCUCAGCCUCUAAAUAAUGCAAUUGCACAUCCCAGAAGAGACUGCAGAGGGACUGAAGAAUCAGGGUCAAUUCCAUAUCCUGAGGAUUAUUGUCCUACAUUUCAAGAAGCCACAUAUGGUAUACCAGAAGUACCUUGUGAACUGGAUGACAAGUACCUUGAACAUGAUUUCCCACUAGAUUGGGGGACCUUUGCAGGGAAAGAUUGGCAACUAAAUGCGAAUGAGCUACCUGACAUGUCUUUGCUUGAUCUGGGGCAAGAGUCAUCCGGACUGGUCCUGCCAUCUGUGAGUGACAGGAACAAUCAUGAAGCAGUACCAUUUCCACAAGAAUCUUCUAUUCCUUUAGGUGCUUCUACUUCCGUGGAAAAAGUGGUGGGGGACACUAAUACCUCUAACCCCAUAGCUAAUUUAGACUACAGAAUGGUAUACCCUGAGGCUGACCUGGGCGUAUGUUGUCCCUCUGAAAAUGUUAUUAGCGACAUUGAUGGACUUACAGAUUCAUUGCUUCAUCGCUCUUCAAAUUUUCAGAUUCCUGAAGAUGAGACAUUUGCUUCACAAUCUUGUUAUAUGCCACCAGGCAAUUCAGUUAUUCAACCUCUCCCCCUCCUCCCUACACAACUUCCUCCAGCUGAUGCUUCGCUUAUGUUCAGUAUGAAUCCACAUCAGUAUAGUUAUCCUUCACAUGAGAAUGCAGGGCAGGAAUGUAUUCCACCAAGUACACAUGGUCGCUUUAUCUAUUCCAAGGAGUCUGAUUACUCUAAUGAGGCAAGAGAAGCGCCGAAACUAGUUCCAGCUAAUGAUUUUGUCUUGGCACCAUGUGAUGAUUCUCACUGUUCUUCUGAGGACAAAGAUAUCAAAUUUGAUGAACAGAAAGAGUCUGGAGCUUUGUUCUAUGAGCCGCCUCGUUUUCCAAGCUUGGAUAUACCGUUCUUCAGUUGUGAUCUUAUACAAUCUGGCAGUGAUUUGCAUCAAGAGUACAGUCCACUCGGCAUCCGCCAGCUGAUGAUAUCUUCCAUGACUCCAUUCAAACUGUGGGAUUCACCAUCUAGAGAUGAUAGCCCUGUUGCUGUUCUGAAAAGUGCAGCCAAAACUUUUACUAGCACACCAUCAAUUCUGAAGAAAAGACAGCGUGAUUUGGUGUCUCCUUUGUCAGAAAAGAGAUUUGAAAAGAAGCUUGAAGGUUUUUCAAAGCAAGAAUCAUUUUCCAAUCUGACCAAUGAUUUUUCCAGAUUGGAGGUUAUGUUUGAUGAAUGUAUGGAGAAGAAAGGACCACUGUUGUCAUUAUCUCCAAAUAAAAGAAACUCCGAACCUUCCUGUAAAGAAAAAGAAAACGCGCCACCUCCUUGUGGACAAGCAGAAAAUGAGGGCAAUGAGAACAUCAUCGUGCCAGAAAUCAAAAUAUCAAUAGAAGAGUUCAAUAGCAGUGAUUCUUUGAACAAGAUAACAGAACAAACUGCUGUUGCAGAUGUGAAAGCUAAGGGUGGAGGAAAUAAUGUCACCGAAAAGGCAAGAGAGUUUUCUGGAAUCCUUGUUGAACAUGAUAUGAAUGACUUGAUAUUCUUUUCUCCUGACCGUUUUGGAAGUAAGAAUGACAGAGCAAUUGGUCCGAGUCCUAGAGCUCUUGGAAAUCAGUAUUCUCGAAGACUAGAUGCUUUAUCAAAAAAUGGUGCAAUCUUAUCCUCUUCUGAGACUUCAUGUUUUUCUGUUAUUUGUUCUCCUCGUCUGUGUACAAAGAAGGAUGGAACUAAUUUGGUCAUAAGUACAUCUCUUCAGUCCUUGAGUCCUUCAGAUAAGAAAGCCGAAAGUUCUGGCACAGGUGUAGCUUCUGAAAACAAUAGCAUAUUUGUGGAGACACCAUUUAAGAGGAGCAUAGAAUCUCCUUUGGCUUGGAAGUCUCCUUGGUUUAUUAAUACUUUUGUUCCCGGACCCAGAAUCGAUACAGAUAUAACAAUCGAGGAUAUUGGCUACUUUCUGAGUCCCGGGGACAGAAGUUAUGAUGCCAUUGGUUUAAUGAAGCAAUUGGGAGAGCAGACUGCUGGUGCAUUUGCUGACGCCCAAGAGGUUCUCGGAGAUGAAACCCCUGAAACAAUUAUGAAGGGGCAAUGCUCCGUAAACCAUGAAGGAAGAAAGGAGAACAAUAACAGUCCGAACUCUCAGGCAGAAUAUCAUUCUGCUUUGGCUGCAAAUUUCAUGACAGAAAGACGCACCCUUGACUUUAGUGAAUGCGCAACGCCUGCGAAGGAAACUGGAAAGCCCUCAAACAGCAUUAGUUUCUCUAGCCCCUCUUCUUAUUUGUUGAAGGAAUGCAGGUAGAAGGCAGGCAUUCAUGCCAACAUCAUCCAACUGUAAUUUCUUGUAGUCUAUAUUUGUAUGAUAGUUACAUACAUGUGUGUCGUUAUAUUGUAUUAUUUUUCAUUUAUCUUGAUUUAAAUACAUCCCAAAUUUAACUAUAAAAGAACCAACCCAAGAGGGGGUAUGGAUUUUGUUAAAAACAACUAUUCAUUCUUGAGGUUGAUGUGUGUAUGGAUUUAAUUCAAUUACUUACUCUUUAGGCUGAUUGUUGCUCUAUUGUGUAUGUGGUAUGAGAUGACAAUAACUUAUCAAGAACACCUCAGCAAAAAUGAACCUGUGUUUGGAUCAGAAUGCAAUUACCUUACCUUUAACUCGUCUUGG